AUGGAGAUUAGUGCUAUCAUAGACUGUCUCCCACCAAAAACAGACUACCUCACUUACCUUACCAUCCUCGAAUCUCAUCUUUCACCCACGAUAUUACCAGAUCUCAACAAAAUCCUGCAAGAUCCAGACCUGACGCAAAAUAUUGGAUGGGACCUCGUCCACAAUUUACUCCAAUUUUCCGGCGCAGAACCAUGCCUCACGACCAUUGCUAGACUAGGAAACCCAAGAGAGGUUAUUCUAAAAGUAACGGAAGCCUUGCAACUCCUCAGGCUAGACGCAGAAGACAUCAAGUCCGAUCACAGUGGGGAGAUUGGGCCCACUACGACAGAGAAGUUUUGUAUACUCGUUAAGCUAUUAUCAAUCCUACAUCCCAGAAUCAAGACCAAGUAUCCCUCUCGAUUUCUCUCCACUUCACUAAAAUCUAUACUUGCAUCGUAUCAACCGUCAAAUUCCGCAACUCUAGCACUUAUUGCGUUUCUACAUGCAGUUUCGGGAGAAAAACGACCAUCAUUACCUGAAAGAACUUCAGAUCCUCCAACGCCAAUCAAAGAUCAUUCCAGCGGCUCUAGUUCUGCCCCUGAUCCUGAAGCUCAGGAUGAAGAGCCAGAAGAGGCGGCCAUUCAGAUAAAACUUCUGCAAUCUUUCAUCACUCACAUUUUGGAAGAGUAUAUCAACAAGAAUCCACUCGAAUGGGCCGCUCGAUUACAUGAAUUCACUCACCCAAACAAGCUUGUAACCGGCAGAAGCCAAAGUGAAGCGUUUAGGAACGAAGUUGAACUUCAGUUGAGAGAUAAUGUGGUUGGACAGCUUGUAGCUCUAGCCCGAGACCUUCAAUUAUCAUGCUAUGAUACUCUUUUUGAUGCUUGCUACGAUAAAACAUUACACACCUCGGAAUCUGAUUCGGCUGAUAAUUACCCCUGCUUCCCCGAAGACAUACCAUUGGCUAAAGUCGGUGCACUCUUCUUAAUCACAUCUUACAUUUUUUCAUCAGUAGUCUUUCAGUCUAAGCUGCCUCAGCCCGAAUUAGAAAUAUUUCCUGGCCAUGUAAAACUUCUCAGGAAUUUCAUUGGUGCUGAUGGGGCUUCUGGGACUGGGGAAGAGGAAAUCAGCGUUAUUGAUGCCAUUCUCGCCAUUGGUUUAUGGCUCGAAAGUAACAAUCGGUUUGUUGCCGAACCCUUGAAGGAUGUCGAUUUUUUCGAGCAGCUCCAAUCACUUUCACUACUUUCUGCACACACGCCGUCUUCGUCCCUACGCUAUGCUGCUCAUUCACUUUGUUCCUCAAUACUCCACGCGCAUCCUACUGAUCGUGUGCGACUUACUUUCAUUUCUGAUACAUUAGAGAAUUGUCCAUAUGAGGCGCUUAAAGCAUCUGCAGUUUCAUGGCUGAAGGAAGAAAUAUCUAACGCAACUGACCGGAACUCUGAAAACGUAUUUUCAUCCCGUGUUGCUAUGGCAGCAACUCAACCAUACCUCUUCCUAGAUAUGUCAUCCCUAGUAGAAGUAGAAGGUAGUGAAUUACUGCAGCAAAUUAUGCAUACAUUUGUCUUCCAUAUGGCUGUUCUCAAUUUUUUAAUAUUCCUUUGCGGCCAAAAAUAUUUCCACGUCGUACCAGUAGGGAUGCUUACAACUGCCAAAGAGAUUUAUUUGAAGCCCCUACAGGCUUGCCAGGAAAGGGCGUUAGUUCUCGCUCCAGAAAGUGAAAUGAACGAAAUUUUGAUAGACCUUCAACUACUUGAGAAUCGUAUUCGCACUUGUGCCAGCCAUAUCGAAAAAUCCGAAGCAAAGAAAGACGACCAAAGUUAA